AUGCAGGGCGUGCCCCCCAAUGAGGGACAUGGGUUCCGAACAGCCACCGGGCAGCUUAUUGCCCUUACUCGGUGCUGGGGCUGGAACAAGGGCUGGAAGGCAGACCCGGCUUCCACUAAAGCCAACAAUGAUGCCAUCCUCCGUGGACUCCCUACCGCACUCCACGCUGCGCAGGAGGCUGGCAACGCCACGGCCCAGCGAGGCAACGCCUCCUCAACUCCGGUCCCCACUGAGGCAACCAUUCAGGCUCAUGUGCUCGAAGCUCUUGACACCAGCCUUCUAGACAGGAUUGUGCAGCUCAUCGAAAAGUGGCCGCGGUACUAUGGCGAGCUCACCAAGCAGCAAGUCCAGGAGCUCAUCCCGCGCGGUCUUGGUAUAGCCAUUUCAGAAAAUGGUGACACCUUGUGCUGUGUCUUCUGUGCGGGCAAAUCGGGCGGACCCUGCAUGUUCCACACCUCUCAAGGCCUAUUGCCGCAUUUUCUGCGGACACGCGGCAGCGGCGCUACAUGGCAUCACGCUGGGGAGGAGGCCUACGCCAGAGCUGCUACUAGGCGCUCAGGCCCGACUGCUGCGGCGGCUUCCUCCUCGGAUUCUGGAAACCAGAGGCCCAACGAGCCUGCCUCCCCGCCGCCAUACGUCGCACCGCGACCGGCCAUCCUUGAUGCACCGCAUCGUCAUGAAGCUCCUCCUCAAGAGCCAGAAGACACUCCUCCCACAAUGGAGGAACUUUGUGGCGAGAAGGACUUCUAUGACUGGGUGGUGGCUGUAGCGGAUCUCCAGUCGCUGACGGCUCCUGAAGUCGUAGGUGUUCUUCAGCCCCAGGAGUUCACAGCGAUCUGGAACGCCCGACUUCAGGUCCUGACUAAGCUGCCAACCGUGCUUGCAGGCCUCAGCAGGGUCUACCAGAAACCUGAAGCUGAUCGUAAGGACCUCAGCUGGCGCUCUGUGAUCUCGGGCCGGCUCGUUGUCCACUCCUCCGGCCACCUGACGAUGGCCACGAAGGACCGCGCCGGUCAAGAGCACAUCCAUCCCAAGCUCACGACCUGGCUCGGGGGCCUUCAGGCUACCAUCAAAAAUGGGGUCCCCUACGCUCUCUUCGAGGGCAAGCGUGUGGCUACUCAGGAUGAGUUCCGCCUCUUUGCGACGACCCUGCAGACCAUCUACGAGGCGGCCACCAAGAAGGCACACCAGCCUUCCCAUGUCAAUAUUAUCCAGGCCACGCGCGACAGCCACCCCACCAUCAAGAUUACGCACGGCCAAGUCCUGGACAGCAAGCUGAACGUCAUCCGCAAUGUCACCGGCCAGCAACUUCGUAGUCGCCGUGAAAGGCAAGCUGAACAUAGGGAGAACAAGGAGUCCAGAAGGUCGGAUCCUUAUGGCUCCCAUGAGCCCUCAUCCGGACAACACUCCCGAUCUGCCGGCUCCCAGGACUGGCAAGACUGGCAGGACUGGGAUGAGAACUCCUAUGCUGCCAAGAACUCUGCUUACCACGGCUACUACCGCUGA